AGUACGGUAGCGUGUCGUGAACUCUUGAUUUGAAAUACGAAAAAUAUUACAAAAAAAAACUAUUGAAAAAUGCGUGGUAUCAACGUUUGUGUCUUCGUCCUGAUCGGUUUUCUGUUCCUGUGCAGCAGCCAAGCGGCGCCGCUGGAUGACUCACAGCAGGCAACAAUUUUGCGUUACGAUAACGAAAAUAUCGGCACCGAUGGCUAUAACUUUGCCUACGAGACAAGCGAUGGCGUCACACGCCAGGAGCAGGCGGAGCUGAAGAACGCCGGCACCGAACAGGAGGCGCUCAGCGUGCGCGGCUCCGUCAGCUGGGUGGCACCUGAUGGCCAGACCUAUACGCUGAACUAUAUUGCCGACGAGAACGGUUUCCAGCCACAGGGUGACCAUUUGCCGCACAACUGAAGCAGUCACAAAUGGAUCAUUGGCUCGGACUAAGUAAUCAGUAUUUUCUUGUAUAAUAAAAUAAAACAAAAGAGGUCUCUAGUCGGGAGUGCACGACUAGGGUAUACCUUGAACCUUCUUCUACCAACACCAAA